GAGAUCAUUGUCAAAGAUGCAGAAGUUGUGGGGAUAUUGGCGGCCCUGGUGUUGACGAUUACGGUGGCUGGCUUGGCGAUUGUAGAUGCAAAGCUUUCAGAAUCCUCUUGGGCAAGGACGGCCUACGUAGCCUUGGCCUUCUGCAGCUUCGUGUUCUCCCUGAUCUCUCUGAUGAUAUCCUCGCGCUUGCUGCUCUCGAUAAAUCGGCUGCACUCCAAGGAUGUCCUCAUGUGCAUGGAGGCACUGGACAGUUGGGGCGCCUCGCACGCUUUCUGGUGGUUUGCCAGGAGCCUGGAGUUCCUCCUCUUUGCGGUGCUUCUGUCCGUAUACCUGCUCUACGAUGGCCUCUGCCUGGCUGUCUGCUGUGCUCUGUCGCUCCUUCCUCUAUGGAUGAUGAACUACCUGCACCGGGCACAUGUUGGUGUGGUGUGGCCCUUGAUGAACUUCUCAGCUGAGAGUUCCGAUGAGGCUUCCGAUGCGCAGAGCCUGGACCUUGAUGAACUUCUCGGCAAUUCCCGAGAGUCCCGAUGA